CAUUUUGUAAUUAUUGAAUUUCAGCACAAAGUGGAAGUGUGGGAUCUGGAGAUGGUUCUGGCAAGACGAAACGAAUCGCUAUGGCUACUGGAAUCACAGCUGGUGUUGUUCUUUUGCUAGUUGGAGUAGUAAGCAUUCGCUUCUUAUCAAAAAGAAGGAAAUUACAAGGUCCAAUAUUAAGAAAGAAGACAGAACGAGGCUCUAAUCAAAGAAGUCAAGAUCUUCUAGUGAAUACAGCAAUUAUUCCAAAUAAAAGAGAAAUUUCUAGUGAAACUUCCGCGGAUGAGUGUGAAUUGCCUUUAUUUGAUCUCAGCACUUUAGCUGUGGCUACAGAAGAUUUUUCUGAUGCAAAUAAGUUAGGCCAGGGCGGUUUUGGUUGCGUUUACAAGGGAAUAAUAGAUGAAGGUCAAGAAAUAGCAGUGAAAAGGCUCUCAAAGAAUUCUGGCCAAGGAGUUGAAGAAUUUAAGAACGAGCUACGAUUGAUCGCUAGACUUCAACAUAGAAAUCUAGUCCGGCUUCUUGGCUGCUGUGUUGAGAUGGAAGAGAAGAUGUUGAUAUACGAAUAUAUGGAAAAUAAAAGCUUGGAUUCAAUCUUAUUCAAUAAGCAAAAAAGCUUGUUGCUUGAUUGGCAAAGGCGUUUCAACAUUAUUUGUGGCAUAGCGCGGGGGCUUCUAUAUCUUCAUCAAGAUUCAAGAUUUCGGAUUAUCCACAGAGACCUUAAAGCAAGCAACAUUCUUCUUGACAAGGAAAUGAACCCCAAAAUAUCAGAUUUUGGUAUGGCAAGAAUUUUUGGAGGCGACGAGACUGAAGGAAAUACAAAGAGAGUAGUCGGAACCUAUGGUUACAUGUCUCCUGAAUAUGCGAUGGACGGUCUCUUCUCUGUUAAAUCGGAUGUCUUCAGCUUUGGCGUUUUAGCGUUAGAAAUUGUAACAGGGAAGAAGAACAGGGGAUUUUAUUAUCAAAACAACCAAAGAAACCUUCUUGGCCAUGCAUGGAGAUUAUGGAGAGAAGGAACGGCCUCAGAACUACUUGAUUCAGCGGUUGGAGAAUCAUUUUCUCCGUGCGAAGUAAUGAGAUGUAUACAAGUCGGGCUAUUGUGUGUUCAGGAGCAAGCGGAAGAUAGACCGAAUAUGGCAACCGUUGUAUUGAUGUUAGGCAGUGAAAGUGCAACAUUACCUCAGCCUAAGCACCCUGGAUUUUGCCUGGGGAGAAGACCAGUUGAUGAACAUUCGGAAACUAUUUACGAAGAAACUUGCACUGUGAAUCAAGUUACAGUUACCAUGCUUGAUGCGCGGUAGUUAAAGGUACGGACAGACUGAGAUGGCCAACUUUUACGUAAUAGAAUAGAAAUCAAGGCAAAUUCCCCUGAUGGGAGCGAACAUAAGCAAAAUUGUAUAGUACAUAAAUACUAUAAGAGGUUUACAAUUUUCUCUUGUAUGCUUACCUUCUUUCUUCUUUUAAAGAAUGUUUUCCUUUUUUGGGAUCUAACAGAAAUAGGUUUUUUUCUCAUUUCAUGAAAUGGUGAUGUUGUGAUAUAGAUGUGUUUUUUUUAGUACUAAUGUAACAAUUUCAUAGUUAAUUUUCCAUAUAGCUGAAGUUCAUUGUAAAUUAGUUGUAUUAUUCAUUGAUGUGGUUCAAUGAGAUUAAUUUGUGCCUUCUUCUUCUUUCAA